AUGUCUGUUGUGGUACAAUUUUGUUUGAAUCAAUCUUUAGCUGAAAAUGAGAAUGAGAUCAAUAGAUUUUUUCAAAGCCCUACUGAACAAAAUCAAACUAAUGUGAUAAUGAAAUGGUUUAAAUCAAACGAAAAGAAUAAUUUCAAUGAAAAAGAAAAGCCUAUUAGUUAUUCACAAAAGGUAUUAAAUAAAGAGAUUGAAUUGGAAAUAUAUAAAAAG